ACACGCCUGUGUGCGUACCAUCUCGUUUGUUUUUAUUUUAUUUGCUUGCUCAAUUUGCCCACCGCCCUUCCUCCGGAGAUCCCAGGGCGGUGCACAACGAAAAAAUGCAAAUUACAUAACGGAACAAAAAGGAAACCAAUAACCCCCCCGUCCUGCCAAAGCCGUGAGAAGGCCGCAGAAAUACGAAGGCCCAGCUAUAGAGAGACAGUUUUGCCUGGCACCCAAAGUGAUUCCCUUGCAGAGCAAAAAGGGGUGUCGGACUCAGGCGAGGACCCCCCGGGAGAAGCAGAGCCUCCUCGCCGGCCUGCGGGUCACCCCAAGUCACCAGGGGGGUGCAACUUUGAGGCUCCCGCCCCCCCAGGGGCCGAUUCCCGCAUUCUUCCGGUUCGGCCCGGACUGGCGAGGAGGUCAGCAGAUGGGUCAAGUCCAGAAGACGGGGAAGAGUCCGAUCGAGAGGAUGGGAGCUACUGCCCCCCCGUCAAGCGCGAAAGGACCUCUUCCCUCACACAGUUCCCGCCUUCGCAGUCAGUGACAAAGAACAAUGUCUUCAUGCCAUCGAGCUUAUGCGAGCCUUCGGCGGGGAACUCCGACUCUGAGCCAGAGGAAAAAAGCACUGGAUUCAGGUUGAAGCCUCCCACUCUCAUCCAUGGCCAGGCGCCCAGCGCAGGGGUCCCCAGCCAGAAACCGAAGGAACAGCAGAGAAGCGUCCUGCGCCCGGCAGUAUUACAAGCCCCCCAGCCAAAGGCUUUCUCGCAAACAGUUCCAAGCAGCGGGACCAACGGCGUAAGCAUCCCUCCGGACCCCGUGGCCGCCGUGUCGGAAUCCGCAACGAACGCCGUGCCCAAAAGCCCCGACACAGAGGAGAAGGAGUCCAACAGCACCUCGGAGACAGAGAAGGCAGACCAGAACACACCACAGUCCUUCGUGUUUGGGCAGAACCUAAGGGAUCGUGUGAAGCUAGGGGACGAGGCCGACGGCGCUGUCGACGCGCAGAACUCCCGGCUCCCCAACUCGGAGGCACCUCUGGCCACAAACUACUUCCUCCAGUACAUCAGCUCCAGCAUAGAAAACUCGACGCACAGCGCGGAGGCCCCCAGUAACAAGUUUGUGUUUGGCCAGAACAUGAGCGAGAGAGUCUUGAGCCCCCCCAAGUCGAGCGAAGCCAGCACAGACAGCGUCAAGGAGAACGCCGGUGGAGAUUCAGGCUCGGAGUCCUCGUCGCAAGAAGCCACUCCCGAGAAAGCCAACAACAUUUCAGAGUCGCUGGCCGAGUCUGCUGCAGCCUACACGAAGGCGACGGCCAGGAGGUGUCUUCUGGAGAAGGUGGAGGUGAUCACGGGGGAAGAAGCCGAGAGCAACGUCCUACAGAUACAAUGCAAGUUGUUUGUCUUUGAUAAGAACUCCCAGUCUUGGGUCGAAAGAGGCCGGGGACUCCUGCGGCUCAACGACAUGGCUUCCACAGACGACGGGACGCUACAGUCGCGCCUUGUGAUGAGAACGCAAGGCAGCCUUCGGCUAAUCCUGAACACCAAACUCUGGGCUCAGAUGCAGAUCGACAAAGCCAGCGAAAAGAGCAUCCGAAUCACAGCGAUGGACACAGAGGACCAAGGAGUCAAGGUCUUCCUUAUAUCGGCCAGCUCCAAAGACACGGGGCAGCUCUACGCGGCCUUGCACCACCGGAUCCUGGCCUUGCGGAGUCGGGUGGAGCAGGAGCAGGAAGCCAGCAGCGCAGCGCCGGAGCCCGAAGUGACCCAGUCCAACGAGGAAGACAGCGACGACGACGUCCUCGCCCCCUCGGGGUCGCCCGGAAGUGGUCCCACCAACGAAGGGGACGGGCAGACGACAGGCGGCACAUAGCAGCCACGAUCCGCGCCGCCGGCAAGAGCCACCGCCCCCCGCCGACACCACCGCCCUCUUUGCAGACCCCCCUCUUGCGGGGCGGGGAGGGCCGCCCUCCCUCCGACCAGCUCUUGCUCCGGGCAGCGACGGAAGCGCUUGAGAUUGACGAACUCUGUACAUCCCAGUUCUGGUUUUUUCUUUUUUUUCCUUUCCCCCCUUCCUCCCCCAUCGUGCGUUGGACUUUUGGGGGGGCGGGGCAGGGGGGGCGGAUCUGUCGAUUCCAUAUUAAAACGAGAAAACGCAGCGGACUUUGGACAAAACAGGCUGAAUGUGGUUUUGGGACAUGUACAAAAAGAGAAAGAAAAUGCUCAUCAUAUUGAUGAGCCCAGGGAGGAGAGGAAUCCCCUUUUCCUCCCUUCCUCUCUCUGCCCCCCCCCCACACUUGGCGAAUAUUUGAGGGGGGGGAGGCGCCUAGAGACUUGCCACGACUUGCCCACGGGGAACCUCCCGAUUCUCCUCUCCGGUAGCCCUCCAGGCCUGCGCCGCAGACGAAUCCCGUCUCCGACCACCAUCCCUGCCGGAUUCCACACGGAAGACUCUCUUCUCUCCCCUACCCCAAUUUGCCAUUUUUCCUCCUCUUUUU